CUCUCUUCCACAAUCUUUCCUUCCACCCUUCAUCUUUCUUUCUCCUCCCCUUUUCUUUCUCUCUCAUUUACUCCAUAAAAAAUAAAAAGGAGGUUAAAAAUCAAGAAAUAAUAUUUCUGUAUUCUUUCACUAUUAACAUACAGUGAACUUCAAGCAAGAAAUAUAAAACUCAAAGUUGUUACAUAAACCACCAAAAGUAGAAGAAUAUGGCACAAGAUCAGCUAAAAGUGCUAAAUGCACUAGAUGUUGCAAAGACACAAUGGUAUCAUUUUACUGCAAUUCUUAUUGCUGGGAUGGGUUUCUUCACUGAUGCCUAUGAUCUCUUUAGCAUUUCCUUAGUUACAAAGCUACUUGGUCGCAUAUAUUACACACAUCCUGGUGCACCUAAGCCUGGGACUUUACCUCCCAAUGUCUCGGCUGCUGUUAAUGGUGUUGCCUUCUGUGGUACCCUUGCUGGGCAGCUCUUCUUCGGGUGGCUCGGAGACAAAAUGGGUAGGAAAAAGGUGUAUGGUAUGACCCUAAUGAUGAUGGUCCUAUGUUCUUUUGCUUCUGGUCUUUCAUUUGGGAAUGAGCCUAAGGGUGUAAUGGCCACCCUUUGCUUCUUUCGAUUUUGGCUCGGAUUUGGGAUUGGAGGAGACUACCCACUUUCUGCCACCAUCAUGUCUGAAUACUCCAAUAAGAAAACUCGUGGAGCCUUCAUUGCUGCUGUUUUCGCUAUGCAAGGAUUUGGGAACUUGACUGGUGGUAUCAUUGCGCUUAUUGUUUCAGCUGCCUUUAAGGCUGCUUUUCCUGCUCCUGCCUAUCAGGUCGACGCAGCUGCGUCAUUGGUUCCACAGGCGGAUUAUGUGUGGAGGAUCAUACUCAUGUUUGGUGCUAUUCCUGCCCUGUUAACUUACUAUUGGCGUAUGAAGAUGCCUGAAACUGCUCGUUAUACUGCUCUUGUUGCCAACAAUGCUAAACAGGCUGCCUCUGACAUGUCUAAGGUGUUACAAGUUGAGAUUCAAGAGGAUCAAGAAAAGGUAAUAGAACAAGUAGAAAGGCGUAAUAAGCAAUUUGGUUUGUUCACCAAGGCAUUCUUGAAGCGACAUGGUCUUCACUUGCUCGGAACCACCUCGUGUUGGUUCUUACUAGAUAUCGCAUUCUACAGUAAUAAUCUCUUCCAGAAGGACAUCUUCAGUGCAGUAGGUUGGCUACCAAAAGCCACAACAAUGAGCGCUCUUCAAGAGGUCUACAUGGUGGCUCGAGCACAAACCUUAGUUUCCCUUUGUGGGACUGUUCCAGGGUACUGGUUCACAGUAGCCUUCAUUGAUGUUGUAGGUCGUUUCUUCAUUCAAUUGAUGGGAUUUUUCUUUAUGACGGCCUUCAUGUUUGGACUUGCUAUCCCUUACGAGCAUUGGACCACUCCAGGGAACCACAUUGGGUUUGUGGUUAUGUAUGGUUUAACUUUCUUUUUUGCGAACUUUGGUCCCAAUGCCACCACUUUUGUGGUACCUGCCGAGAUCUUCCCAGCUCGUUUGAGGUCCACUUGCCAUGGGAUUUCCGCUGCUGCAGGGAAAGCCGGAGCUAUGAUUGGUGCAUUUGGGUUCUUGUACUUAGCCCAGCCUACAGAUAAAACCAAAACUGAUGCUGGAUAUCCUCCAGGUAUCGGAGUUAGGAAUUCACUUAUGAUAUUGGGUGGAAUUUGUGCACUUGGGUUCUUUUGUACCUUCCUUGUUCCUGAAGCUAACGGAAAAUCAUUGGAAGAAAUGUCUGGUGAGAACGAGGACGAAUCUGAAGAGUAUCAAACUCCUGGGUUGGAUAACAGAACAGUUCCAGUUUAACAUAUUUGUUGACAUCUAUUGUUUAUCUUACAAUUAUAUUACUUGGUAAUUGGUAUAGUGUUUUUCUUAAUCUUCCCUUUUUGAGGCUCUAAUGCUAGGAAGAAGUAUUGCAUGUUUGAAGUGCUUUUGCAUUAAAAAUAAACACUUUUAGGUGCUGCUUUUGCUAGCUAAUGGUUAAAAAUUUUGGAUUUUGCUUUCA